CAUGAGGACACUCGGGUGAUAUUUCCGAACGCAGCCUUCUAUGAUCAUAGCCUUUAAUCUGCAUUAGUGGAAAUGGGCAUUAAGUGCGUACUCUCCAACCUUACGGGCCUAUUCGUGGCGUGUAUAUAACAAUGUACGGCUGGUGGAGGCUUCUCUAAGCCCGCAUUUUGAGCUAGGCUCACAAGUGGGAACGUCUGUGACGAAGGUUAUGGGAUAAUUGAUACCAUCGCCGAAGUUUCUCACUCACGAGGAGUAUGGGGAACUUUGGGAGUGACAUCGUGAUAUGCUUGUUGCUACUAUUUUCAGUCAGCGUCAUAUUUGGAACCAGUGAGAUUAUCAAAUUGGUCAUGAACAAUGGAGAGGAUAUUCUCAAGAUAUCUACAUAUAAUUGGAUUAUUCGAUUAUGUUUGAAUUUAUUGGGAUAUGCCACUGUGUUAUUGCCAGGUUGUCUUAUAUACAAAUAUGUACGCUAUAUGAAGUACAUUCAGAGAGGUGGGAAAGGUUGUAUUCCCAGACUGGUGCAUUCGUGCUUUGUGGGACACUGUGAGACAGGUUUUUUGGAUUCGCCAACUUAUGCUCCUAAUGCUUCCACUCACAUUCAGCGUACUUUUGCUCAAGACGCUCUACUUUUGAUAUAUUGUUUCCUUGGAUUACAAAUUAGUUAUUUAACUUGGGGCUAUCUACAGGAAAAGAUAAUGACGCAGGAAUACGAAGAUGCUUCUGGUAGUAAAGCACGGUUUCAAGAUUCUCAAUUCCUGGUGUUCGUAAAUCGCAUUCUUGCUUUUCUGAUGUCUGGAUUAUACUUACUUAUUCAACGUCAGCCACAACAUAAGACGCCAUUGUAUAAAUAUGCAUUUUGUUCUCUAUCAAAUAUCAUGAGCAGUUGGUGUCAGUAUGAAGCUCUGAAAUACGUCAGUUUUCCAUCACAGGUUUUAGCUAAAGCCUCUAAAAUUAUUCCGGUAAUGGUUAUGGGAAAAAUAGUUUCGCAUACGUCAUACGAAUAUUAUGAAUAUGUUACUGCGAUUCUUAUUUCUAUCGGAAUGACGCUCUUUAUGCUGGACAGUUCUGAUCAUAAUAAAAACAAUGGAGCGACAACACUCUCCGGUGUUAUUUUAUUGGGAGGUUACUUAUUAUUAGAUAGUUUCACAAGUACCUGGCAAAAUGCACUAUUUAUAGAUUAUGGAGUAACUAGCGUACAAAUGAUGUGUGCAGUCAAUAUGUUCUCCUGUUUACUAACUGCAAUGUCUCUGUUUCAACAAUCGAGCUUUCCACUAAUUUUUUCUUUUAUGACGACGUAUCCCAGGUUUAUAAUCGACUGUUUGCUGAUUUCCAUUUGUUCUGCAAGCGGCCAGUUGUACAUUUUUUACACCAUUUCGAAAUUUGGAUCCAUUACAUUUGUCAUUAUGAUGACCAUUCGUCAAGGCCUGGCGAUAUUAUUGUCGUGUUUGAUUUAUCAUCACGAGAUUACUGUUAUUGGAGUGUUUGGGAUAUUGUUGGUAUUUGGCUCAGUAUUUUUACGAAUUUAUUGCAACAAUCGAUUACGAGUAAUCAGAAGACGCAGAGCCACGGCGAACAGUAUAAAACAUUAAAAAUUGUAUUAGUUAGACAGAAUUACAAUCUUAAUUGCCAUAGAAGUAGAAUUCUAUCAACUGUUUAUUAUAAUUGCUAUGGAUUAGGAUAGAAUUCUGACGUAGUAAUUAGAUAUUGACUAAUUAUGGAUGCUAAAUUUUAAUCCUUUAUUUAUAAUUGACAUCGCGUCGUAAUCUCUCUUUCCAUAUACAGCAUAUACUAUAUAUCGCGAAUGUAUAUCCAAUAGUUUGUGAUAGAAAUUUCAAUCAUGAGCUUCAAGAAAUAUUUGUAUUUAUAAGUUUUGUAGCCAAUGUACGUCGCGUGUGUAAUAUAUUUGGAAAAAUAUGUACUUGAAGAUACAUGUGAUCUGACAAAAACAGCAUUAUAUCUUUAUGAAAAGAAAAUUUGU